UUUCCAUCCCCGAGGGUACUUUUCCCUGCUGUCUACCCCCCGACGCUUUCGGCGUCAUUUAGCCGGAAGGGGCGCAACGUUCUCGCAAUCCAUGAAACCCUUCUUCUCGGCGUCGUUCUCCAACAAGAGACCGAUCUGUCCAAUUCGGAAGUUAAAAGAGAAAAUUGAUUGACAAAAACACCUAGAGAGAAAACGGGGGAAAAAAGCCCUCGAAUCGCAUGAUCUCAACCCUAAUCCCUCCGAUCCCUUCUUAGAUAUCCAGAUCGGCUUCAACCCCCUAAAACCCUAGCCCUUAUUACUCUCGCGACCGGGGCGGCGGGAUGGGCCGCGGUGGAGGAGGAGCGGCGGCGUCGGCGUCGGCGGCGGCGGGGCCGAACCCGAGCCUGAACGGGAACGCUCCGCCGCCGUUCCUGAGCAAGACGUACGACAUGGUGGACGACCCGGCGACGGACGCGAUCGUGUCGUGGGGCCGCGAAAACAACAGCUUCGUGGUGUGGAACACCCCCGAGUUCGCCCGGGACCUCCUUCCCAAGUACUUCAAGCACAAUAACUUCUCCAGCUUCGUUCGACAGCUCAACACCUACGGAUUUAGGAAAGUCGAUCCCGAUAGAUGGGAAUUUGCAAACGAGAGCUUCUUAAGAGGCCAAAAGCAUCUUCUGAAAACCAUCAAUCGGCGAAAAUCAUCCCAUCCACACAAUGAAACCCCUCAGCCCAAAUCUCAGACUGCUGCCUGUGUUGAGGUGGGGAAAUUCGGCCUCGAGGAAGAGAUCGAAAGGCUCAAGAGGGACAAAAACAUCCUCAUGCAAGAGCUUGUUAGACUCAGACAGCAACAACAAGCCACUGAUCAGCAGUUACACACCCUCGGAAACCGACUACAAGGGAUGGAACAGCGGCAGCAACAAAUGAUGUCCUUCCUAGCCAAGGCCAUGCAGAGCCCUGGUUUCUUAGCCCAGUUCAUGCAACAAAACGAUAGUAAUAAACGGAUUGCCGCUGCCAGCAAGAAACGGAGGUUGCCUAAGCAAGAAGCCGGUUUGGAUGCCGGAAGCAAUUCUCCUGAUGGCCAGAUUGUUAAAUACCAGCCAAUGAUCAAUGAAGCGGCGAAGGCAAUGCUGAGGCAGAUACUUAAGCUGGACGGGUCUUCUCCGCCUAGAUUGGAACAGUUGAGCAACUCUGACAAUUUCUCACUGGAGAAUUUCAUGCCUCCGUCUGAGGCAACUACUUUUGAUAGCACUUCUUCGAAUAGAAAUUCCGGAGUAACCCUUGCAGAGGUCCCUUCUGGAUUGAGUGUACCGUACGUAACAGCAAGCACUGGAUUUUCUGCAAUCUGCUCGUCUUCGGCUGCUUCAGAAAUUCAAUCUCCCAUUGGUUUAUCUGAUAAUAAGAAUUCAUCAGAAGAGCUCAGAGAUAUGGAUGUUCUAUCAUCAGUUCCCGAAACCAUCCCUUCUCCUAGCCCUACUGAUAUGAGUGUUCCAGAAUUUUCUGAAUUACAGGAUAUAGUUUCGGAGGACAGUGUUGUAAAUAUUCCAGGGGAGAGCUUCGUCGGUGCGUACAUAAACCCUAUUGCAGAAGUUGAGGCCGAUAAUGCUGUACCAAUUGAGACAGAUGAUAUUUUGUAUGGCGAUGAUGAGCAGAAGCUUCCGGGAAUUAUUGACACUUUCUGGGAGCAGUUUCUUGCGAGUAGUCCAAUUUCGAGUGAGGCGGUGGAGGAGGUUGAGUUGAGCGGGCAGGAAGGAAAGGCGGUGAUGCAGCAGAGACCUCAGAAUAGUAAUAAUGGGUGGGACAGUGCGCGGAACAUGGAGAAUCUCACUGAACAGAUGGGGCUUCUUUCCUCGGACCGCAAAGGUUGAUACUGUAAAACCUCUACGGUUAGAAAAUGUUUCAGUUUCUUCAAUGCGAGCCUAUGUGACAGUUGUACAUAUAAAGAGGAUUUCAUUGUUGUCUUCCUUUUUGGAGCUUAAUCAGCCUUUAAUUGAAACGAAGUGAUAUAUUGAAGGGUUAAUUAACAGAAUUUGUCCGUCAAGUUUGGUCCGGGUUCAAUUUUAUUCUCAUGGUUUCAAUUGAAGCAAUUUUGUGGUUUCAAUCGAAACAAUUUUGUCCAUGAAUUUUGACUUAAUUUCAUUUAUCAGAGUUCCAGUUUCAACCCUAAAUGUCGGUUUCAAUUUCGUCCCUACAGUUUGACCCCCAGAAUCCAGUAUUGUUCUUGGUGCUGAGUUCAACAAUGGAAAGUCUUGUCAUUGUGCUGACAUGGAACUUGAGUAAAAGGACUCGAUUUUAUGCUUAUGCGGGACAAACUUCACGGACUGGAUUGUAACAAAUCAAAGGAAAACAAAAUUGAAAUUGAUUGAACUUCAGGGACCAAAUUUGCUGUUAAACCUAUGUUACAAUAAGGUAAAUUGCAACUUUGUUCGUUAACGUUAUUUUGUUGUGCAACAGUUGCAUUAUGUUCUUCUCCGGGUCUGUCAUCUUGUCAGUUUCGUGCAAUUUAGUAGUACGUUAGCAGCAAGGUCUUUUUUGGCAAAUUUGUACUUGAAUCAUUCCUUCGAUGCCUUUGGAUUGUCUGUUUGGAAACAUACUUUCUUUGUAGUUUGAGAAUGAAGAAUCUUAUGCCUGCUAUGCCGUGGCACUUGGAA